GAAGUGGUGAGGAUGCUUUACAGUCGCAGCAACAGUCAGCUCUUCAUUUCUCCGUAGUCAGAGUUCAGCUCACGUAACCCUGCUGUUGGUGUUUCCUCAGACCUGCCUUCCCGGCAUCCUGACUCUCCAGGAGCUGUCUACCUUGGAAAUGCAGUUUCCAUAAAGCCCAUUGAUCGUAAAGCAGUGCAUCAUCGGUCCAUUCAUCAGUGAGCGGAAAAAGGAACUCAGAGUUGGAGGAAGGACAGCCAAGCUUCCCUCUGAUUUAGUUCUCUAAAUCCAAAAGAUGUCAACAGAGAGCGCCGACACAAUAGGAAGAGGAACCAAAACCUCUAAAACGUCAAAGGAUCACAGAAAGCCCACAGCGGAGGCCUUGAAGGGAGCCAUCCAGCUGGGUAUCGGCUAUGCUGUUGGAAACCUCAGCUCCAAACCUGACAGAGAUGUUCUCAUGCAAGAUUUCUCCAUGGUAGAAACUGUCUUCUUGCCCAGUGAAGGUAGCAACUUGACUCCAGCGCAUCACUACCCUGAUUUCCGUCUGAAAACAUACGCCCCGCUGGCUUUUCGCUACUUCAGGGAGCUCUUUGGGAUCAAGCCAGACGACUACCUGUAUUCUAUCUGUAAGGAGCCGCUGAUCGAGCUCUCCAACCCUGGAGCCAGCAGUUCUUGGUUCUACCUCACCAGCGACGACGAGUUCAUUAUCAAGACGGUGCAGCACAAGGAGGCAGAGUUUCUGCAGAAGCUGCUUCCUGGUUACUACAUGAAUCUGAAUCAGAACCCGAGGACGCUGUUACCCAAGUUUUACGGCCUUUACUGCAUCCAGUGCGGCGGAGUCACAGUGCGUGUGGUGGUGAUGAACAAUGUUCUGCCCCGAGCCAUGAAGAUGCACUUCAAGUAUGACCUGAAGGGCUCCUCGUACAAACGCCGCGCUUCACGCAAAGAGCGUGUGAAAGACUCUCCUACGUUUAAAGACCUGGACUUCCAGGAGAUGCACCAGGAUGGACUGUACUUUGACUCAGACACCUACAAUGCCUUGAUGAAGACCCUGCAAAGAGACUGCCGGGUCCUUGAGAGCUUUAAGAUCAUGGACUACAGUCUGCUGCUGGGGAUUCAUGUGUUGAAUAGGAAGCCGCUGAGCAGAGGAAACAGACUGGAUAGCAGAAGAGGACAGAAAGUGCUUUACUCCACGGCGCUGGAGUCCAUCCAGGGAACCGUAAAGGACCCAGAACCGGUUGCGGAUGACGACACAUUUGGGGGAAUUCCUGCCAAACACAAGGAUGAAAACCUGCUCAUCUUUUUAGGAAUCAUUGACAUCCUUCAGUCAUACAGGUUCAUCAAGAAAGUGGAACAUUCCUGGAAGGCUCUUGUACACGAUGGGGACACAGUAUCGGUCCACAGGCCCGGCUUCUAUGCAGAUAGGUUUUUAAAAUUCAUGGGCACGACUGUAUUCAAGAAGCUUCACCCUAUAAGAGGCGCAUCUUCGAGGAGGAAAAGGAGUUCCCUCCAUGCAGGCAAAUCAGCUUCUCAGGAGUUUCUAUCCAUACAGAAGGAGAAGAAAGAGGAGAAGAAGGCUCAAAGCAUGGAUAACCUGGAUGGGAACUUUUAUAGUUCCUCCAAACAUCCAGAUCUUCUACCGAAAUCUGCUCUGACUGGAUCCAUCCAAAUCGAUGGAGAGUACACUGAAAACAGUGAAGAUCGCCGCGACUCCAGUUCAACCUUAGCUCUGGAUGAUCCUCUGCCGUCUCUCAGCAGAAGCCAAUCAGACUCUGACCUGGAUGUUUACUUGCCUCACACAGACUCCCCCAGGCGACCCAGCUGGAGCUGAUCACUCCUUUGUGUUGCAGCGUCCAUAAAAUUGAGGAGGCACCUAUAUUUUUGUCAGACAACAUGGAGAUAUCAGGACUUCACAGCUGUGCAAAAGACUACAGGCAGCAACAUGCAGGUUCUCGCCUGCCAUUAUCACUCUGUGCCUCUCGUCUUCAUUUCUGUAUCACCAUUAAUGUACCAGAUCACUGUAAACCCAUCAUUAUCGUAUUAAUUGAAGGUGUUAGAGUUCUAGAUGAGUGGUUUGAGAACCACUGUGCUGACAAGACAGAAAAAAAAACACUAAACUGUUUCUUCCAUUUCUUUACUGUUUACUUUAUUUGCAGUAAAUAUCUUAGCUUUACUUUGUUGUCCUUUGUUUAAUAUUCUUAGUUUUACUGUAGGUCUUCAUCAUUCUCAGCGGCUGGAUCCCUGAGGACAUAACUUUACUCUGUAGACAUCAUGUUCUAAGGUGUUCUGAUGUUACCUCUUGUAUCACAGUACAGGUUUGACUGUUGUGCAUUGGUAUGCAGCGUAUUUCUACAAGGGGUUUUGCUCUCCUAUAGGACCAUGCAAACCUUUUGAUAGCACUACAUAAUACAGAAUAACUUUCCUGAACUUUAAUAUGCCCUGGCUGGAACUUAUCACGUACUUUCCCAAACUUCCUUUAGCUAUCUAUCAUGUACUUUAUUGAAACAUGCUAGUUGUUGACUUGGGAGUUUCCUGGAAUUUACCAGGAACUGUCCUAGAGUGUUCUUUACGUGUCUCUCUUGUGUACUUCCAUGAAAGCUUUCCAGGAACUUCAAUUGGACAUUUAUGGAAACUAGUUGGUACUUGAUUGAAACUGAAUACAUACUGGCCUCAACUCUCCUCAGAACCUUGAAGAAACAUCCCUAAAGGCUUUCCAGUAACUUCUGAAGUUCAUAAAAUAAAAUAAUCACUGGCACUUUCUGGAACUUACCAGUAACCAGCCUGUCAUUUUUUAUUAAUUUUAAAGGUACUGGCCUGGAAUGUACUUGGAAGUAACCAGGCACUUCACUAAAACCCACCAGGUACUUCCAUGGAAACUUUCCAGGAGGUUAACGAGGACAUUCCUAGACACUACUAGAUAUUUUUGGGGAAUUACCAGUUACUGGCCUUAAACAUUCCUGUAAUUUACUAGGCACUGUCUUUGGAUAUUUUCGGGACUAUGAGGUGAUCCAAAGAAAGUAUCCUUUGAUUUUUAUGGGAGAAUUCCUGAAAAAUCUGGUAAAUUCAUUGAACUUCCAAGUUAUUAGCCUUGAACUUAACAGUUACUGUCCUGGAACUUGAGCACAACAUACAAGGUACUUCCUUGUAGGCUUUACUGUAACUUACAAGGUUAUUUAUUAAAAGUAUUAAGUACUUACCUAAAACUCACCAUUUAUCGCCAAUGGACUUUUCUGAAACUUACCAAGCACUGUCUUAAAUGUUCUUGGAACUUUCCUAGAAAGUACCUUCAACUAGAAAUUGACCAGAUAUAUACCAGGAAAGCAUCAAAUAUUUUAGUGGAACCUAAAGAAGGUGUUUGCCAAGAUGUUACUAUGAACCUUCCCAAAAGUUAUGAGGUAAAUCUUACCUAGAACUUACUAGAAACCCUUAUUUUACCCAAUUACAAAAUGCUAUCUGUAACUUUCCCAUUAUAUAUUAUCUGCUUUUGUGUUUCUUAUUUGUUUCCCUCAUAUAACGGACCCUAUCAUACAGAGAAUUGUUUUCCAGUUUCUAAUAAAGUUUCAGGAAACAUACCUGUUAAGUUCCAAAGAAAGUAUUGACUGUAUCAUGUAGUGCUUAUAAGGUUAUUUGAUCUACAAUUUCUUUAUAUUGUUCUUCAAAGUACCUACACUCUCUUGUAAUCUUCUAAUUUUUUAUCAACAUAUAUCCAGGCACUCUGAUGGACUUUUAAACUUGUCCAGUUUUAUUUAGUGCAGUUAUCAUCCUUUAGUGAGAUUGUGGUUUC